ACAAGUUGAUUAUUGUCAGACAAUUAAAGGAUCCCAUAUCAUUUAUAUCUAUUUUGCAAAUCACAUUUAUUAUUGUCCUUACAAAAACAAUAUAAAUUUUUGUAUGAUAAAACUAUGGAAUGACGUUGUUAUCGUUAGCAGACGUUUUGUGAAUUGUAGGACUCGGAUUCAGUGCGCAGGCCCUUUAAUGUGAAACAUGGCCGGUCGCAGCGAGUAUGAUGAAAGGGAAAACAGAGACUAUGGUGGAGGUCGAAGGGGUGGGGGGAGAAAACCCCUUCCAACAGAACCUCCAUUCACAGCUUAUGUUGGGAAUCUUCCUAAGGGCAUCAUUCAAGGAGAUAUUGAACUAAUAUUUCCUCAACUCCACGUUAAGAAUAUAAGGCUCGUUAUGGAUAAAGAGACUGAUGUCUUCAAAGGAUUUGGUUACGUUGAGUUCGAAACAUUGGAUGACUUGGUGAAAGCUAUUGAAUUGAACGGUGACAUAGACGUUGAAGGUCAUAUGAUAAAAAUUGAUGUAGCAGAAGGAAAACGCAACGAUAGGGGUGGAGGAUUUGACAGAUCUGGGCGAGGAGGACGUGGCAGAGGAGGUGGAGGUUUCAGAGGUGAUAGAUAUGGCAAUGACGACUUUGACAGAAGAGGAGGGCCACCAAGAGGCAAUUUUAAUGACCGUGACAGAGCUGGUAACCGAGGAAAUUAUGGAAAUUUCACAGGUGAUGAUGGAGGACCUCAUCAACAGCGAGGAGGCGGAGGUGAAUGGAGUUCCAACCGUAACCGAGGAAAUAUGGGAGGACAAGGAGGAUUUAGUGGUGGAGGUAGACCUCGCCAAGAAAGGAAAAGUUUCUCUGAGGAUCUUCCUAACCCAGCACCAGAUACAAGCGGAAGGCCGAAAUUGAAACUGUUGCCGAGAACAGUAAAAGCCCCUGUUAAUGCCAUAGCAGAAUCGUCUCAGACUUCCUCUAUAUUUGGGGGGGCCAAACCGAGAGAAGAGAAAGUGGUGGAGGAUGGUAACAACGUUUAAUUUUUGUGUGUCCUUAAUAUUUAAGUUAUUGUGGAAGGAAAUUUUACAUUUCGCAAAAUGUAACCUGAAUAAAACUACGUGCAGGCUGUUUUAAAAAAAGAACUACUACUGCAUAAGUUGUUUUUUUGUUUCUCUUUUUAUAUGUACGAAAAAGAUUUAUUCACGCUGUUCAGUAAGUUAUUCUAUGUAAAGUUUUUAUAGCGAUCUUUUACUAUGUUAUGUAGAACUAGACGUGUCUUAUAAUUUUCAGGCACCAGUUUUAGAUUUCAUAUUUGAAAUUUUCUGAUAAUCGUGGUUCUCUCAAAACAUACUGAACUUGAAUAUCUUGCAAUCAAUUUCAAACUGAAAAGGCAUGUACGAAACAACGAAUUAUUGGAAACCUUGAUUCUAAUCAGUGAUUCAAUUUUUUUUCUCGGUUAAUAAUAUAGUAGAUGACGAUGAAUUGUGGAAGUGGAAAACCAUGAUUUGGUGAAUAGGAGAUAUAUCUUCAAUUGGGUUAUAAAUUAAUAUGUAUGGAAUAUUUCAAUUAUAGAUUGAAAGUAGGCAAAACAGUUCAAAUUGCAGACACUCAUUUGGAAGUAGUUGGUCAUCAUGAGUGUAGAGUAGCUAUGCUUAAGAUUGGAAUUAUUCAGUUGCAGAAAACAAAUCCAGUCACAUUUGUGGUUUGGGUUGCUCCAUCAUGUAAUAUGGGUUAUAUUUUCUCCAAUAUGUUUAUAAACUGUCAUUUGAAACCAUAAUGCAAGUUAUAUGAAAGCUAUUUUCCGUGUUUUUUGACUGUAGUCUGCAGGUUUUGAUGCCUGCCCUUUCGUCUACUACUGCGGUUGACAUUUUCAAAGGCAAUGUGGUAACGGUCGUAGUGCCUGUGUUGGUGUUCCCGUUGUUCCGAAUGCAUAUACUACGAUGCUAGUAUUUGACUCUGGUUUUAUAUUAUUAUUGGUAGAGGUGACUUGGGUUUAUCUGAAUUGGAAUACCUAACCCUGUUUGUGUAUAAUAUGAACAGGUAACCAGAUUUUAUUGAUGUUCAUUGCCUCUUCUUUUCUAUUGGAAUUAUCCCUAUGUUUUUGGAUUUUUAUUGUCCCUCUAUAUAUUCUUGGAUAGUUGAAUUUUGAGUUUUAUCUCAUUCGAAGAUUCAGUAAUACACGAUAAAACUCGCAAUUACUAACCAAGUGUAUAUGGAGAGGCAAUAGAAAUACAAAAACAGGGAUAAUUUCAAUAAAAAAAAGGCAACGAACAUCAAUAAGGUCUGGCUACCUGUCCUCAGAGGUACACAAACAAGGCAAUGCCAAUUGAGAGAAAUUAAGCCACGCCCAUUAAUAAUAAUAUAAAACCAGAAUCAAAUACUAGCAACGUACUAACAUGUGUUCGGGCACCAACUCAGACACUGUGACCGUUACCACAUCAUCUACCGCGGUUCGAACGAAACGCCAGGCAUAAAAACCUCCAGACCACUGCCAAAAAACCUGGAAAAUAGCUUUUAUAGUUAUACCCUGCCGUUGAAGUUUACAUUGCUUGAUCAUAAUGUGAUUUGUUACGAUUAUUUCCAAAAUUUAAGUGUUAUUCAGACACUUCUUUAUCUGUUUGUGAACGUCUCAUGUUUCUGUUGUUUCUGUUGCUGGUCUCAUGUUUCUGUUGUUUCUGUUGCUGACAUCUCUUGUCUAAGUAUAAAAUUACUUUUCUCAAAAUUGUACUUUCAAGUUAGUGGUUUUGUAUUUGGACAAAAGAUGUCGGCACCAAAUACAAAAGAUUAUCAGUAACAGAACUUGUCCUUCUUAAGUAUAGAUAAAUAAAAAAUAUGAACACAAUGACAUGUUUUGAGUAAUUAUUGUUCCCAGCAUUUUUAUGAACAUAUUCAAAUUGUCGGUUACUGGAAUUAGAUUGAAUGUGUAACUCACGAAAAUUGAAUAUUUAAUUUUAUUUUGAAUCAACUAUUUGGUAAUAUUAAAAAGUUAUAUAUAGUUAUAUAGGAAAAAUUACGUUAGUUCCAUCGAGAGAACAUCUCCAGAUUUUGAGUAAACAGAUUAUUUUAUAAGUUACCAGCUACCAUCAUGGUUGCUAGAGGGUGAAGUUUUGUAGACAGUGUUUCUGAAGUAGUUAUUUUAGGAUCUGAAAAUGAAUUCGGCGUAAGCUAAUAUAUGUGAAAUAGAAGUGUUUAUAUAGAUCAGAUAAAUAUUUCAAAUUAUACUGACAAGGUGAAAAAAAUGACCAUCUUGGAGAGUACCCGUGUUAUUUGUAAUAUAUCUUAUAUUUUUUAAACAGGAAUGGAGUACAUAUUUUGUUUAUUUAAAACUGCUACUUUUCUCAAUUCAAAGUCGAAUGUGAACCUAAUAUAUUCAGAUGAACAUUAAUAAUCAAAAAAUCUCAGAGUAAGAAAGUAUUGAUAUGAAUUGAAAUAUUCAGAUAUUGUAAAUUGUUUGGGAAGUAAUUCCGGUCUACGUACAAAUUCAUAUGAAUUAUGUUCGCUUCAAAAUUGUUGUUUGGAGAGGCAAAUUGCUCAUCACUUUUUUCCAAAUCAUCAGUUCAGAAAGCUAACCAUAAAUUACAUGUUUGACUAGGCCUUGGUAUAAAUAUAUACUUUCAAAAACAUAUUGUUAUAACAAGGAACAAACUGAAACGUUACUAUUAACAGGAUUUAAAAUUCAGUUUACGUUGGAACACAAUUUCUUUGUAAUAUAACAUUUAUUAUCAGUACUGUAUAUAAUACCAAAAUAUAAAGUUCACUUUUGAAUUGAUUGCAAAGUGUGUUGAAUAAGGUGUGACAGAUAUUAUGCAAUAACAAUUUUCUUUAUUAUAAAUUUACUAAGCUUCGUUUUAUUUUCAUGUAUGUUUUGGAGAAGCUUCCAUUACAAACUUUGACUUGAAAUAUUUACUAUUGAAAUGGUAGCAUUGUAAAAAUCCUAGGUACAAAUUGUGAUUUUUUGUAUAUUUUCUUAAUUUUUACAAUGCUAUGGACGUUGUUUUUUGCACAUAUUGUGUGAAUCAUCAACGUCUGUGUAUAAUAUAAUAAAAUAAUGUCGAAUUACACAGUUUGUUUUUCAUUGAA